UCUGACUUUUCCCCAGCAUUGGAAGAACAUGAAGCCCUUGAAAGCAAUUGGCGCAUCGCCAGCCAUCCCUCCUGGGCACACUUAACCCCUAGUCGAUGGUGCCGCCCAGUCUAAUCAGCACAGAGCGCGUCACCCGCGGCCUUUAAGAACCCCCACCACCACCACUCUAGCCUUCGCCGCGCCAUGCUGAUCGCCCGCCUCGGCGCGGCGGCUCCGCGGCUAGCCCUGCGGCACGCCCUGCCCCGGUUCCGCCCACCAGGUCCGGCGUGCCGCCCGUCGUCCAUCCCAACACACGGCGCAGCGCCAACACCAGCAGCAGCAGCAGCAGCGCGGAACAGCCCCGGGACGGCUUGGCGGUCGAUGCACCAGCACCGCCGGCAGGGCGGCGGCGGCAGCGGCGGGCAACACUACCACCCGCCACCGCCGCCGCGGCCCUCGCCGAUGGUGCCGACUAGCCGGCUCGUGGCGCGGGCCGUGGUGCUGGGCGUGGCGGGCGCUAACGUGGCCGUCUACUACUGGUGGUGGCUGGCGCGGCGCGAGGGCCCUCACAACUCGCCGUGGUCGACCCGCUGGUCGCGCACGACGGAGAAGCUGGACUGGAUGCGCGAAAACUUUGUGCUGUCGGCCGAGAACGUGCUACAGGGCCGGUGGUGGACCCUGCUCACGUCGGCGUUUUCGCACUACGACACGGUGCACCUCGCAGUCAACAUGAUGGUCUUCCACUUCUCGGCCACCAUGGCCCUGGAGCUCGGCUUCGGCGCCGCGCGGCUUGCGUUUCUGUCGCUCGGCUCGGCCCUCACGGCCAGCGCGGCGUCGCUUCUGCACGACCAGACGACGGCGCACCAGGGCCCCGUCUCGGGCGCCCUGGGCGCCAGCGGCAUGGUCGAGGGCAUCAUGGCCGCCGUGGCCUGCACCGCGCCGCGCCGCUGGGUGUACCUGCUCCUUCCGCCCGUGCCCGUGCCGCUCGGCGUCAUGUGCUUCGGCUUCCUGGGCUGGGACCUGUACCGCCUGUACCGGGCCCGGACCGAGGGCCCGACCGAGAACUGGAUGGGCAACUUUGUGGGGUACGCCGCGCACCUCGGCGGCGCCUUCUUUGGCGUCAGCUACUGGUUCCUGCGCAUUCGGCCUGCUUUUAAGGGCGUGAGAUUCUUCUAAGAGAAGGACUUGGUUUUUUCUUUCGGGUAGUGGAGGCUGUUUGUUAUCAACGCCACAGAGGGCCUGUUUGAGUCUAACGCUGAGCCCGGAGGGGUAGAUAUGUACAAAUGAUACCAAAAGAGGAGAGAUGUGAAAUCGCUAGGGUGGAGAAAUAACUACGAGUAAAUGGGAGGGAGAGAGGGAAAGUGAAAAGAAAAGCAUAACCCGCAACGCCGCGCCUCCAAGAAAAAAGCAGGGGAGCGGAGGGGGAUAUCCAGAGUACACACACACACACACACACACCCACACACACACACUCA